GGGUCUAUCGUUGCUCGUUGCUCGAUGCUCGAUUCUCAGUUUUCAGUUCUCGAUGCUCAGUUCUGAGUUCUCUGUUUUUGUGCCAUGCUCACCUCGCAUCCUCAGAGCCUCACAACCUCGCCGGCAUCUCCUCGACAACCACCUCGGUAUAUCUGUAUCUAUGUAUCUAUAUAUCUGUAUCUGCGUCGACUGCGCUGCAACCGAAACGAACGGAACGAACCCAAGCGCGCCUUGUGUCAAAGUGAACAGCAAAUAUUAUUUUUUGGACACUUUGCCAUCAGGUCGCCGUCGCGUCGCCCGGAGCUCAAACGACGACUACUUGCUGCCACUCGUCCUGCUCCCCGUUCGGUGGGCAUUGUCCUGCGGAGCUCCUGGAGUUCCUGGAGUCGCAUUCGAAGUCUGACUGUGGGUACCGGAGCCACGGCCUUUGUCUUCGGCGGCGACGGCGUUGCACCAAUUGUGCACCAAUCCGACAACAAAAGGCAAAAACGCUGCAGAUGGGAACGCAAAAGUAUACGAGAAGUCUACCCAAAGUAUAUAAAGAAAAUGAAAGAAGUGGCUGUAAAUCAAAAAGAGCCGGUUCGGCAUCGUUUGUUGCCAAAAAUACCAAAAUUAAUUAUAAUAAUGACAAAGAACAAGCACUUUGACCCCGCGUCCGCAUCCGCAUUCGAAUCCGCAUCCGCGCGCGUUCGGUUGGCCAAUUGUGAAUGUGGAUUACAAAUUCGCGUGUGCGACUUGAGAAAACAAUUGGAUAUGAAAAACGUGGGCAAAAAUGUAUUUACCAGCAUUUCCGCCUUGCGGUUUGGCAGCUGAAGGGACAGUGAGUGGUGCAGCUUUUGACCGGCUCCCUUGAGUUUGCGGGGCGUGACUUCAAUUAAAGUGAUUUGUGGCCUCCGCUUCUGACACACGAGACGUAAAUAGCGGCCCUGAAUUAUGGUGCUGCUAAAAUAUGUAUACUAGAGCAUAGUCCUCGGCCCACCGGAGGAACGGAAACCGCCUCAAAGUUUGCUAAUUGAAGAGCUCCUUACUUAUUUUGUCUCCGCCCCGAAUAUGCCCAACAAAAUGCCGUCGGCUGAAUCGAAAAUGUCGGCAAUUCGGAUUCCCG